UUUUAUAAUUGCGAAUUUUUUGUUGGAGCGUGCGUGCAAUGUUGUACUAAGUCGGCAUUUAUUAUUAACUAUUUUAUAUACUGCGGUGGUGUUAAUUAACGCGUAUCGCCAAUCAAUUAUUAGAGCCUGUCAGCCAAAGGAAUUGUGUGUGCGCGAUCAACGUGUGUUUUUGGUGCUAUUUUCGUGCGGGAUUUUCCUCUCAUUUCUCCACCAUCACAUUCACAUUGCCCGCCCUGUUUGUCGCAGACGCCGCUAAAUGUUAAAUUUUAUGUGAAGAAAGAAAGAUUAUUAUUUGUUGCUGCGCAAUCAACACUAAACCAAUCUCGCGUUAUCAGUGGUCAAUGUAUUGCAUCCGCAUCCCCCACAUCUGCAACCGCCUUCAACUUGGAACAUCAAUAAUAACGGCAACAAUCGUUCAUUGUUCGCUUACAAUUGCAAUAAUUUUGGGAAUUGAUAAUACAAAUAUAUGAAGUAGAAAUCAGCUUUAAUACGAAGCAUUAAACAUAGGGCGACACAGAUCCAACAAAGCGCGCGAAUUGAUGAAUAUAUAAUGAGCAGAUCGUGGCACAACAAAACUAUACUAUAAAGCCAACACCAACCCAAAACGACAGCCGUAGGCAGUAGUAGAAACUGAAGCUGAGGCUGACACAGAGGAUCGAACAAGGUUUUUGAUUGAGUGUGUGUUGAGAGAGCGAACGAUCGCGUGAACCGUGUCGAGAUGGCACGUCACAUUAUGGCCGUGUGUGUGGUGUGUCUGCUGUGCGCACAGCGGCUGCACUGUCAGGAUCACAUCGAGGAUCUGCUGGCCACACAACGCACCGAAGAGCAGUUGAAUGCGCGACUGAUUUAUGGCACGCUGAAUCCCUCCAGUGAAAUAACCACCGAUCAACGGCAACUGGCCGACGAGGAUGAUACGCAAAACUACAGCACAAGUCCGCCCUACAGGAGACACAAACGUCAUGCCGGCCAUGAACACGAACAUGGCCAGUCCGCCGCCCACAAACAUGUCCCGCAAAUCACGGAGUACUUUUUGCAGCAACUGAUGCCGCAGCAAGUGCUCAACGCCAGCAGUUUCCAAAGCCUGUUGCAGCAACUGGGAUUGCAGCAACUUAUCAACAGUAAUGGCACCUGCGUGGCAGCCGAACAUCUGGUGCAUCAUGUGCAACCGCAUCGUCCUGGUCAUCACAGUGAAACAGCUGCUGAGCAGCCGCUGCUGUUGACCAACUGCACACUGUCACCAAAUGGAACCAACACAAACGUAGCCUGCGCACCAUUAGACAUCGCCACGGAGACAACGACUGCGACACCGAAAGCACCACACUAUGAGCUCAACGAACAAGACUUGCUGCAUCUGUGUCCGGUGCUGUUGCACGGACUGACUAGCAACAGCGGUGGCUGCAUAGAGCCAGCGGUUCUGGCUGAGAUUGACACCACCGAGCUGGAGCAGAAGGGCGACAUCUUAUAUGUGUGGAUUUAUGCCUUUCUGACGGUGUUUGCCUGCGGCUUACUAGGCCUGGUGGGCGUGGCCAUUAUACCAUUUAUGGGAUCUCGCUAUUACAAGCACAUAAUACAGUAUCUGGUGUCAUUAGCUGUGGGCACCAUGACGGGCGAUGCGCUGCUGCAUCUGCUGCCGCAUUCUCUUGCUGGCCAGGACGAGCACGGCAUGAUCAUGAAGGGUCUGGGCUGCUUGGGCGGCAUUAUUUUCUUCUACGUGACGGAGCAUGCGCUGACCAUGAUAUCCGAGUGGCGCAAGAGCGUCGAGAAGAAGGAGACAAAGAAGCCAUCACGCGCUAAAGUUAUGCGUGAUCCUGACUCAUCGGUGAACAAUUCAGUGGCCGGCGACAAGAUGUGCAAGCAAAAGUAUAGCUCGUAUCCGUAUUGCUACGAUGAGAUCACCAUGAACAACAAGCAGGAUGUGUGGAUGCAUUUGCCCGAUGAGGGAACACCAUCGGCAGCAAUUGCAGCAGCUGCGGCAGCAGGCGCUGGUGGCGAUGCAGCGUCUGGUGAGUGCAGCAAUCGGCGCUGCGACAAGGCGGCAGACAACGAAGGCUCAAGUGAGGCGGCAGCAGCGGCGCAAUCGUUGCUCUCCACUUCGCACAACAACUAUGCUGAGAUGAAUAACCAUCACCACAAUCACAACCACAACAAUCAUCAGCAGCAGCAUCAGCAUCAUCAGGACAGCAGCAAUACAGUGACCACAGAACUGGAUAGCAACACAACAACCACGGCAAAUGGAGGCAAAGAUAAGAACGAUCAUGUAACAGUAAUUUUGCGAGAACAUGAAUCCUCCCAUCAUGGACACAGCCAUCGUCAUGGACACGUGCACUCGCCGCCGGAUACGCUCAGCGCUGUUGCCUGGAUGAUUAUUAUGGGCGAUGGCCUGCAUAACUUCACCGAUGGCAUGGCCAUUGGUGCCGCUUUUGCCGAGAAUAUUGCCGGUGGCUUCUCCACCUCGCUGGCCGUUUUUUGUCACGAAUUGCCGCAUGAACUGGGCGACUUUGCCAUCCUUAUGAAGGCGGGCAUGUCGGUGAAAUCGGCUGUGUACUACAAUCUUUUGACUGGUGUGCUUAGUUUCAUUGGCAUGAUCUUUGGCAUUGUGUUUGGACAGUCGCAGGAUGUGGCUAAAUGGAUGUUUGCUGUCGCCGCCGGUCUUUUCAUCUACAUUGCUCUGGUCGAUAUGAUGCCUGAGAUAUCGGCUGCUCACAAGUCGCUGACACAGUUCAUGCUGCAAAUACUGGGCAUGCUCAGCGGUGUGGUCAUUAUGCUGCUCAUCGCCUUGUAUGAGGGACAAUUGAUGAACGCCUUUGGCACUGGACCAGCAGGUGCAGCGCACCACCAGCAUGUCCACUAAAAAGAACGGCAACUAAGGAGAAAAAAAUGUGAAAGGAAAAACAAAUCAACAAAAAACACUUCGGCUGAGAAUCUUGUGGCGUAUUAUGUGUCUUUCGAUUAUAGGUUUUUAUAGCAUUAAUUUUUGUAUAAUUGUAGUAGUUAUGUUAUAUUAUUUACCUCAGCCUCACUCACACACACGUAUACACCUGUAACACAACCGCGCCACAACUUACACAGAGAUCGCAUCCAAAUAAGAGUCGCAUUUGUUAAACAGUUUAUGAAACACACACACUCACACGAUUUGUUAACUGCCACCUAAAGCAUUGUCAGCAAAUUGAUUUUGUUCCUAAUUCUCUCACCCAAUUUGCUUUCGUUUUAGCAUCAGUUCAAUUAACAUACAAAUCUAACACACAACCUUACACUUAUUUAAUGUAAGUAAGAAACGUCAAUGUGCAUAAGCUAUAAAGUGAUUAUGAAUUUAAUAACCAUAAAGAAAAAGCAACUGAUGAAUUUGCUUUCAACAACAAAUAACAACCGCAACAAUUAGAGAAAACAACAAUUUUGAAAAAGAAAAACUUGCACUGAUCAAGAGAUAUGAUAGAUAGGUUUAAGAGCAGCUCGUAUGUAUGUUUGCAUAUGUACAUGGAAAACAAUCUUACAUUUAUGAAUUGCGAUUCAAUAAUCGUAGUGUAUAUGUAUAUAAACAACAAUUAUAUAUACAGAUAAUUUUUUGUAUUGUAUUUCACGUAGACCGUAGGGUGUGCACGUUUAUUUCACAGACGUCACACGAUCACAACUUAAAAGAGGAUAAUAAGGAGAACUAUAAAACUAUAAAAUAACGUAAACGAAAGAAAACCAAAUUAAUUCAAAUCUACACUGCACUCUUUCAUACACCCCCGAAAA